AUGGUAGGUGGUGGUUGUGUGGUAGAGAUUUGGGGUCAGAUUGAGGUUACGCCACCGGCUAGGCUGGAAUCAAAGAACAUUGCUACACUUCUCUUGGAUGAGUUGACUGAAAAUCUCAAAGCUUAUGAGCUCAAGAGGCAAACCAUGAAGAUGGAUGAAGAUAGCUCAGAUGAGGGUUCUGAUGAAGAUGAUGAUGAUGAACGAGCUCUACUGGCUAUUGGAGAAUUUGAAGAAGAACCUGAUGAAGAAGCUGAGGAACAAGAUGAUGAAGCGAUUGGACAGAUAAGACAUUCAAAUGAUGAAGCCACAUUCCACCCUGAAGCUGUAUCACAAGAAGGAACAAGUGAUGGACCAAAUCCUUCUACCCAGGGCAACCUGACAGAGGGAACUGACCAGAGAGGAAUUGAUCCUCAAACCUCGAGGGAACCUAUCCAUGAACUUGUUACUCAGCAACAAAACAAUGAAGGAGCAUCUAGAGAAAACUAUCAAGCAGAAGAAACUAAAAAAUCUAAUGAUUCUUUUCAAUCUGCGACCGAGGAGGAAGAACCAGUUUCAUCUGAAACUGAACAAGUAACUUCUGGGUUAAAAUCUUCUGUUGUUGGUUCUAUAGUUGCAAAAAAUCUUGAAACUAGGUUGGUGUUGAUUGGUUCUAUUACUGGUGUAGAGACUGUUGAAAGUAUUUAUAGCUACCCCCAAAAGAAGAAGAGUUCCGGUGAUAAAACCCCUGGAAAGGCUGAGAGUGCCAAGAAGGCUGCUGCCAAGGGGAAGAAGAAAGUUGGAGAAAUAAGUGAGGAAAUUCAGAUAGAGGUAAUGGACCUGGUCCUUCAAGAUCAGGAUGAGACAAAGGAGGUGGAAGUACCCACUCCUAGUGCUAAGAAAAGAAAGGUUUCUGAGGAUGGAAGGACAUGGUCCUUAAAUUGGAAUGACGAUUGGCUUGGGCUGAAAUUGUGGAAUUGUUUACAACUUGUGAGAUUGAAAAUGGAGGGGUCACCAGAUCGCGAAGAACACUGGCCAAAUGGCCAUCACAAUCGCGAUCAACCCUUCUCAUUCGCGAAGGCUUAG